UCAUCCUUUUGUAUAUGAUCGUUUGCAGGUGUGGAAUAUGCCCAACCUACUUUCAGAAACUGUGCGGGUUUGAUUUUUCGUCAAAUCAGACCUUUAUAUUUGACAAUAUAUGCAUUAUGGAUUUGUAUAAUUGCAUUCAUGGUACAGAUUUCAUUAAGUUAAAUUAUGAAAAUUGUCUGUAUUUCGGCAAUUUUGCUUAUGUUCACGGCCUGAAGCGUGAGGACUAUGAUUAUGGUGAAGACCAUUUGGUCAUAAUUAACUCAAAAAAGAAUCCAGAUUUCGUUCGCUGAAAAGUAAUUUUACGGCUUU